UCGGGUCGGGUCGGGGCAAAAUUGAAAACUCUUGCUUCAUCAAUCGGCGUUCAGGAGUUGGUUCUAGGGAUAUUAUUGGGAGAUUGAAGGAGCCAGAAAUGGAGAUGCAAUCAUCAUCGGAUCAUGAAACUCCCUCCUCCCUCCCUCCUCCCAGUGACGGUGCUCCACGGCAGGAUAACGCCCUACUUCCCGAGCAUCCAGUGGCUGUGCAGGAACCAGAAAUGCCAGAGGAAGAAGUAAAGUGCACAUUACAAGCAGUAGCGUCUACCGGAAAGUUCUGGCAGGACUGGGAGAAACUAAAGGGAAUGCUUUCGUGGUGGUUGAAGAAGGUUCUCUCAGAAUAUCCUGAGGCAAAGAUGACGGACGAACAACAAAAGGAAGCCUUAGGAGAAACAUAUUCAGUACUCGUCACUCGAUUGGAUGAAGCCCUUCUUAGUUUCGACGAAGGUCCCCCAUUUACACUGCAGAGACUCUGUGAGAUCCUUUUGGCUGCAAGGAGUAUCUACCCAAAGCUCUCUAAGCUUGCUCUUGCUUUAGAAAAGAAUCUGUUGGUUACUUCGAUGUUAUCCAUCAGUAGAGACCCACAAUUGCAAACCAUUGAGGAUGCAAACGCAGCAGCAACGGAAGUCACAAAUACUGCUGCAGCAAAUGGAAUUGAAGCAGUGGUGGGAGGCGACAAGGAUGAGAUAAUGACAGAGGUAGAAGAAGCAGAUGUUGAUGACGCAAUGACGAUUGACAUGGAAACUAUCGAUGAACCAUCAGAGACAAUGACGACAGCUAGUGAGAGUGAGAAGCCAAGUGAAACCAAUGCUGCAGAACCAUCAUCGGAUUCAAUGGCUGCCGAAGAGGGAGGAGAUUCACGGUUGACAUGAACCAUAUGCUUUGAGAGACAAGAGUGUGAACAUGAUCAGCUUUGAAAAACUGACCUCGAAUAUAAUGUUUGUUUUACGAGGAGAGAUACUCAUGGAUCUUCUUCUUUCACUGAUAUUAGUGUUAUGAAUUUGUGUCUUGUGUGUAGAUUUUUGGAUACAAGGUUGAUUGGUUUUCAAAUUCAGACGAAAAAUAUUUUAAAUUGAAUUGCA